CCUUCAUCCUAGACCCCUUACGUUCCAAAGGCACGCGCAACUCGUGGACGCGACGUCAUGCACCCUCUUCAUCGCUUCAUUUUUCUGGAUCAUGGCGUCGGUACUAUGCGCCGCAUUUUCUUCAAGGCGCCCUUGAAAGCGCUCUUGGCGGGGUCUUCUACCUAGGGCAUCAAUAUCGCUAUCGGGGUGCACACUUAUUGCUAUACUCCUGGAUGGGGAGUCCGGCGAUGGGAAGAGGGUAGAAUGUGAACCUCAUAAUAUAUAUCGAUCUUCAGUUCUCAUGCCAGAGGUCCUCUCCAGAAACUCAUCCCCAGUCAUAAUCGUAAUAGGUAUUCUCUACCGCUGCCAUUCCUGUUGACAUAUCUUAUCCUGCCUCCCAACGUUCUUGGGCACUCUCAAAGGCAUUCUUUAGAAUUCGCCAUUCUUUCCUGGAGCAUUCUUAUCAUCUUCUCCCCCAUACCACCCCUUCAAUGGAGCAUUCACGACCCAUCUUGCCAUCUCAGCGAUAUUCCCCAGUAUCAGACUAUGCCUACGAUACCGACCAUGAAGGGUUGCCGUUAACACGCCGGCCUCUGGGCGAAUCUACAGGCAACGUCCAACCGCAUAGUCUCGCGGCCUUGGCGUUGUGCAGUCACUCCAUAUCCCCUCCCAUUCAUUCCAUCCCAACACCACCCAUAGUCCCUACGCAGGUCUUGACUUCGACCUAUGGGACAAGCUACCGAGGCGGACGUUCUUUUCAACGAGAUGCAUCAUUACGAGAAUCUCCAAUGGGUUAUUCACGGGGCAGCAGCAACCCCAUCUAUGCUUACAAGCAUUUCGCCGACUAUCGUAAUAAAGUAAUGCAAAAGGAGCUCGAAAAGGAGCAACCGAUAUGGCCACUCUGGUUGGAAGAUGCCUUUCUCGACGCCCUUCUCCUGAUCCCACAGAUGGGCCGAAAGAAGUUCAGCUCCAAGACUAUCCUAUACGGUCGGAACAUGCUUAUUACUGAAUACCUUUGGAUCUACCACUGGUUACUUCACCCCCCGAAGCAUGGCGAAGUCAUCCCCAAUAGACAGCAGAGGGAGAAGGGACCAGGCGGAAAGCCUCACCCUAUGUACAGGGGAAGGAAGCAGGUGUCAAGUCACAUCCAAGUCCUCAAAGGGUUCUUUGCAACCUUGGUCACUUUCCACUUCAUCUUCCCUAGCAAGAGGGACGCAAAGGAAGACGACAAGAAGCUAAUGAGAGAUGACGACGAUACGGAAUCCUUUAAGAAUAACCGCGUGCUCAUUUCAAUAGCCGACGGCCGUCUCCCCAACGAACGGCCCAACUAUGAAUACUUUGCGCGUCUCCUCGGGGCAGACAACGACGUAUUUCUCCGCCCCAAGCAAUGCUGGAUCUUCGUUUCAUCGUCUCAAGUCAACAUUAAGGAGAAGCAUAUCAAGGCUGAUGACGGUACGACGAAGAAGCAAAUUACUGGGUAUACACCUAAUGGCCAAUGGCUCGGAGAGGCUGAUUACCCCCACCUGAAGCUCAACGAGGGCAAGGAUUACAAAGAUCUCCCCCGUAACGGAGACCGCCCGACCGUACUUCUACAUGAAUACACCAGAGCGCUCUCCCAAAAGGAAUCGUCAUCGGCUAAAGAGAUUACUAACAGAUGGGACGUCCAGUUCCCGGACCUAAAGGAGAAGCUCCUCACAGCGCUGAACGACACCCAGCCGUCUGACGAGCGGACCUCACGUUGCGUGGUCGGCCCUUGUGAUACGUUUCACUUUGAGGUGACGCUCGACUUACACUCGACGUCCAAAUUCCCCGAUGGGUCGGAGCUCAAUGGCAUGGUGGAGUUGUCCAUCAGCCGACCCGAACUGCAUAAUCACACCUGGAGGUCAGUGACGUCUGUUAUGAAGCCCGACGAGCUACACAUUUCGGGCUCGGAGCCCGACUUUUGGGACCGCACGAACCCCGUCGAGGUGAUCGUCUCGCAUCGCGUCGGAUGCAACGGCGUAGGGCGAUGCGACUGCGCCGGCCGCGGUAGUCGUGACACUAUCGGCGUGCCAUUUCCAGCUGCCAGCUGGGCUAACACGUUCAUUAAGCUCGCCCCGUAUGUCACCGCCGAACAGGAGCGGAGAGAGAGAAAGGGGGCCGACUCGGCGAGGGGUUCCCGGCCGACGCAUGCUGACCGUGAAGCCGCGCGUAUCAAGAAGGAGGACGACGAAUCGUCGCGUAAGCCGGGAGGGAAUGGUAAGAUUCCCACCCCCAAGGAGCUCCUCUCCAAGGUCGCCAUGUACCAAGAGAUUUGGUCAGCGCCUAACGAUGAGACCGGAAAGUCCGGGUGGGUACGACGCGCCGUCAUCUUGUGGACAUUCGUGCCUGUACACGAGCACACGGACGAGAAGGGCAAGACGGUGAUGGUGGCACCAGGCACGAACUGGAGGUUUCUCACCAAGGUUGACCCGACCUCAGAAUACCACCAGCAAAGAGCGUACCUCUCGGGCUCACCGUCCGUCUCCCGCGACAGCGUCAUGUCACCCAACCCCGGAUACCAACACCAUGUCAACGCUGCGAUGCAUGAGAACCUGAGUGCCGCGUUUGACGCGCCACCUCCCAUCGCCCCGGCCCCUAUCCUGCCCGGGAACCAUCAUCAACAAUCCCGUCAACCUCCACCAGACCCACAACACCGACUCUCCACCCUAGACAUGCUCGAUUCUUUCGACAACGGCCUUGUCACCCCUCCUCCGACAGCUUCGCUCCACGGUAGCUAUCCGCCCCACUUCCACGACCCGAACACUGCCAUCAACAAUGGUGGCACUGAGCAUUCCCUACACCACCAGCUGAGUUUUAUUUCUGAUGGCACAAGCGGUCCCGAAAUAGCCCCUGAACGCGACAGCAACGCCGACCCUUUCCUCUCCGGCCUCGGAGUAGCCGGUUCCCAAUGUGAUCCCAAUCUACAGAACUGGACAGCCACCUCACAGAACAGCAGUGCUGCCGGGCUCGGCCUGGAUCCCUCCACAGGCUGGGGACCAGGGUACGGGGUCACCUGGGCCGAUACCACCGCCCUAACGAGCGCGACUACCAGCGCGGGCGCGGGCGAGCCUCUGUGGGCAACCGCCCCGGGGAUGCCUGCUUCGGCCCGUGACAGCAUCAGCACAUCAAGCUCGUCACACUGGGCCGGUGGCGACGACAGAGACGCCGGCCUCCACCCGCAUAGCCAUUACCCACCGCCCGCACCACUCCAUCCGGACCAGCACGGCGACGGCGCCUGGCCGGUGUGGCCGACCGCCGACCCCUCCGCCAUCGCCCCGGGGCCCUGGGCCCUCAGCGACGCGCAUCACUACCCCCUCAACCUCGGCGACACCCCUCCAGACCUGGCCCCGUCGCGCUCCUCGGCACUACCACACGCACACCCGCAGCGCCCGCACCAGCACCCGCACCCGCACCCGCACCCGCUUCCCCCGGCGGCAGGGCGCAAGCGCGGCCGCGCAGAGAGCGCCGACGACGACGACGACGAGCGCGCGAGGUACCCCGCCUACUCGGUCCGUAAGCUAUCGCACCAGCACAGCAGCGCGCGGACGCCAGCCCAGCGGCCGGGCGCGCCCGCAGCCGUGAUGGACGACGGCCGGGGAUACCUCUAAGGCACACGGGCAACCGCCAGGGCGCUCCCACCACCCCGCCGUUGCCACGAAGACGUCCGACAUGGCCUGAUCUGACCUUCUCCCGCGCGUACGCAC